UCUCUCUCUCUCUCUCUCUCUCUCAUAAAGUGUCUACCACGAACCCUAUCAGCCUAAAUCAAUUCCUAGUUGCUCCAUUCAAUUUCUCCACCUCGGAAAUUGUAGAAAUCGCGAUUCCGAUACAGAGUCUUGCCUAUAGACCUGUCAUCAAACCUUUAAGCAAUGCAAGACCAGAGGAUGCAGCUGCCAGAUGAAGCUUCAGUUCCUAAACCACGAAAAAAGAAACCCUCAACCCAAACGGCUUCCAAGUUUCAAACACAAGGGGACAAGGUGAAAAGGGUUCAAGAAAUUCAGCAGCCCCCGACAAUUCAGAAGCGUCAGAAGAAGGCCACCAAAAGAGGCUUGAUGAAUCAAGUUCCCCAAUUCCAACAACCAGAAAAAUCGACCUCGGAUUCAUUGCCGGACUCAUCUACAACUGGAAAUGAAUAUCGGGCACUGAGACGGAGGUAUUUGCUGCUAGAGGAAGAAAGUUGUGUAGUGGGGGGAGAGAUGACAGAGGUUGAAGCCGAGAUUAGGACUCUUGAAGGGGAGAAGCUUUCACUCUUGGACAAGCUUGUUGUGUUGGAAGGCCUGGUUGACCCUUCAGAAUUUGAGCCCCAAAGGCCACAGUUAACAUAAGUCCCAAAUUAUUGUUGUCUGAAUGAUAUGGUUAAAUGGUUGAAGUACUCCAUUACAUUUUCUACCACUAGUUGGGUGCAAGUAAGUAAAACCAUUGCAACUUUUCAUGUCGUGUUGGGUGCAUGUGUUUUCAGAAGUCGAACGAAUUUACAAUAUUUCAGCCUGUAAAAUCAGUACAUCAAAAGUGUAAUUAUUUACAUUAGAAAAUGAUUGCUACAAUGUACUCGUGUUACAAACGAAAACAUUUCAAAGCUUGGG